AUGACACUCAAGGCCCGGAUUGAGAAUGGCAUCGUCUAUUCCCCAUAUCCCUCGGAACCAGUGCCCGAAAUGUCGUUUUACCAGGUGGUGAAACAGUGCCUCGAAAAGCACGGCAACCGAACGGCUGUGGUCUGGGAAGAUGAAGAAAUCACUUUUGCGGAGUUCCUCAAGAUGCUGCGAAGGUACGCCACUGGGCUCCAGAAGCACGGUAUUCAGAAAGGGGACAAAGUCUUGGUACAUCUGGACAAUUCCCUGGAAAACAUGAUUGCCUUGUACAGCGUUAUGUUUGCCGGAGGAGUUGCUGUGUUGUCCGUCCCUGCACUGUCAAAUGCGGAUAUCUUCUAUAGGACGCAACAUAGCAACGCCACCUACAUUGUGACCACGGCCAGCGAAGCGAAUCGAUUCAGCGAAGUGCGUGACAAGCUGCAAGUGAAGGGCUACUUCACUACAGGGGUCUUCCCAGGAUUUCUGUCCAUGACUGAGUUCCAGAAAUUGAACGAAAACGACUUCCAGGAAUGUCACAUUGAGGACUUCAAGAGCGAAGUGAUCGUGCUGUCCUUCACAUCCGGAUCAACGGGUCCCCCGAAGGCUGUUGAACACACGCACUACAGCUUCGUGGCCGCUUUACCUCGCCCCAAACGUUUAAACUGUGAUUACGUGUUCAGUGGUCCCGAUGUUUUCGCUACUUGGGUCAGCAUUACGUUGUUUGCUGGGCUGCGAUUUUAUCUGCGAGCAUCCUGUUCUGGAGCGAAGAUUGUGCUAUUCUCAUCACCAUCCGAUACUGCAAAAAUACUUGACACCAUGAGGAAGUACAGGGUGACAAUGUUCUUAGGAAGUGUCAACUUACUCGUGACUCUGGCCAGGAAGAUGGAGGAAGAGGGAAUUCGGCUGGAUUCUCUAAAGACUGUUCUCACUUCGGGUACAAUCGCCUCACCGCAGAUUUUGAAGCAACUAGAACCGUCCUUUGAUCCGGCUAUCGUCAAAGACUGCUACGGAAGCACGGAAGUUGGUGGGAUCUGUUCACCCCCGAUGGGUGCCUCAAAAGGGUACGGCAUAGGGUUUCCAGUUUCAAUGGCACAAAUUAAGAUUGUGGACACGACGAGUGGAAAAACCCUGGGACCAAACGAACAAGGAGAGGCAUUAGUCAAGUCGCCAUGUGCCAUGAAGGGAUAUUACAAAAAUCCAGAUGCAACAUCUCGAACCAUCACUCUCAAUGGUUGGGUACGAACAGGUGACAUCUGCUAUUACAAUGAAGAAGGUUGGUUCUUUUUUGUCGAGAGGAUGAACCAGCUUUUCCGAUGCAUGGGGAUCACCGUGGCCCCUUCCUCGAUUGAAAGCGUGUUGCUCAGCCACGAAGGUAUUAAAGAAGCGGCGGUCAUUGGCGUUCCUCAUCCAAAAUAUAUGGAAGCUGCAAUGGCAUUUGUUGUGCUGAACACUGCCCACAGCAAACUCACGGAAAUAGAAAUAGAAAAAUUUGUUGCAGGCCAACUCGGAAUCUACAUGCACCUACACGGGGGAGUGAAGUUUGUCCACACGAUACCAAAGGACGGUUCCGGUAAAGUUCAGAAGACGAAACUGCAGGCGCUUCAACUAUGCGACUAA